AUGGCUGCAGAAGAAGCACAAACGGUCGUGCCACCCGGCAUGGAGACUUUUACCGUUGGCCUAAUUGGUAUGGGCGACAUGGGAAGAAUGUAUGCCAUUCGACUGGCUGCAGCGGGCUGGAGUGAUUCGAAAAGCUUCGACAGAACUCGUGGUCGCAGAGCCUACUCUGACCAGUGGACGAAGAAGAUUCGUCAGCAUACUGACAGAAGACAAAUACGAAAGUCUCCGAGACGAAUUUUCUGGAAAAGUACGGCUACCCAACCUUUUCCCCUCCUUCAACCUUUGCACUCUGCCUGCCAAGGGAAAAGGCGACGUGAUGAUUUUGUCUGCGAUUUUGGCCCGACUGUGAAUUCCAAGUUGAGAUCCCAUGCUGAGGAAUUGUCUCAGGAGAACAUAAUCAUCCUCCGGAAUGGCCACCUCGUUUCUCGAGCAAGCGACUAUAUCAUUUACAGCGUCGAGGCUGCCGCCAUCGGCCAUGUUGUAAAAGAAUACGGUCCCUUCGUUUCGUUUCCUACCCUCGUACCUUAUCUUGCCGACUCUGCUGCAUUCUUUGUCUCAAAGCUCCUAUUCUUACGAAGCGAAACAGCAACGAAGCAGGGCGCCAUAGUCGGCGGCCAAACAUCGUGCAAGGAUCCCGAGAUUAAGGCACUCGAGUCGUUCCUCCCAGAGGAUGUCCAAAUUGUCUCGUGCCACUCUCUACACGGGCCAAGCGUUGAUACGCACGGCCAACCACUCGUCCUGAUCAAGCACCGUGCGACAGACGAAGCCUUUGCAAAGGUCGAGACGGUGCUACGAUGCCUGGGGAGUACACACGUAUACCUGACGGCGGAGAUGCACGAUCGCAUCACAGCAGAUACGCAGGCUGUUACACACGUCGCCUUUUUGUCCAUGGGCAAGGCAUGGCAUGCAUCCCAACAGUUUCCCUGGGAGGGCGCUCGCUACGUCGGCGGCAUCGAGAACGUCAAGAUCAACCUUAUGCUGCGCAUCUACGCACAAAAGUGGCACGUCUAUGCCGGUCUCGCGAUCAUGAACCCAGAAGCGCGCCGGCAGAUCGCACAGUACGCAGCGAGCACAACGGAACUCUACAAACUGAUGCUCGAGGGACGCGCCGACGAGCUACGGAAGCGCGUGUACCAUGCCAGAGACAAGGUCUUUGGUACGGACGGGCAUCCCAUGUGGGAGGAGAAGCCGAUGCUUGACGACGGCUUGCUGGACGGUUUCGGCCUCGGCGAGCGGCCGGAGCACAUCCUGCCGAACAAUCACCUGAGUCUGCUGGCCAUGGUUGACUGUUGGAGCGAGCUCGGCAUUGUGCCCUACGACCAUAUGCUUUGCUCAACGCCGCUCUUCCGGCUGCGGUUGGGUGUAGCUGAGAGCGUCUUCCGCGACACUGCGAAACUGGACGAGACUUUGCGUGUUGCCAUCGAAGAUAAUACAUUCCGCUCGGACGACCUCGAGUUCACGUUUGCUGCCCGCGGCUGGGCCGAAUGUGUCAGCCUUGGCCAUUUCGAGACGUGGAAAGAGCGGUUUGUGGUCACCCAGAACUUCUUCAAACCCCGGUUUCCCGAGGCGACCAAGGUUGGCAACGCGAUGAUGAAGGCGCUGCUGGACAGCAGGAAAUGA